ACUCAGGUGCUUCAGAUGAGAACAUGGUGGUUCCGCUAUGGUGGGCCUGGAUUACCACCCUCGCUUUUAUGGAAUAUUUAUAAAUUUAUUUCUUAUUAUUUGUUUUUAUGAAGUCGAAAGUACAAUACUUCAAGGAGAAUUAAGAACCAAUAAGAACUGGGCUUUCUUGGCGAGAUUUUGUUUCUUAUCUGAAUUUGGAACGUUUGAAUAUACCAUAGACUAUCCAAAAGCUUUUAAAACGCAAAACAUUUUAUUGUACUACGAUGAAAAAAAUCAGUGGCCUGCAGUGUAUCAAAAGAAUAAGACGUGUAGAGAGAAAGAAUCCGUAUUAUUUAUUGAAAAUGGUCAGGUGAUCUACUUGAAUGAGUCCACCUUUCGUUCUGGAUGCAUUGACCACCCCGAAGAGGACAAAAAAGACUGGCUUCGAUGCCACAACGAAAGGACAUUCGAGUCCAGAAGGGAAAGAUGGUGGUUCAUAGCCAUCAGCAAUUGUGAUGCGAAAAAUGGUUUGUAUCUGGAGUACAAAAUUACUAUGACAAAUGAUCAACACAGCUUAUGGUUUAAGCAUUUUUCAGCAGAUGAGUUUUACAUAUUGCAGAUCGACAUUUGUUUUUUGGUACUCUACAUUGCUUUACUUGUCUUGUCGUUUAUUGAAGCUGAUGCUCUUCGAUCCAGACAUUUGUUUCAUCGCACUUACGCUCUCUACCUUACUUCAGUGAUUCUGGAAUGUUGUGGUUUAUCAUUUAUGUGUGCCUAUUAUGCGAAUCAUGCCAAGGAAGGAUAUGCUGAAAUGGAACUCAAACUCUUGGGAAAAGUGAUUGAAGCUCUCAGUACAUUGUUUUUGCUUGCUUUGCUGAUUUUCAUUGCUAAGGGCUAUACAGUCACAAGAGGAAGAUUACGCAACAAAACAUUGUUUAAAAUAUUUGCCUUUUUGUUCUUGUAUAUUCUUGUGUAUGCAGUGCUAUUCUUAUAUGAAAAACAAUUCUUUGACCCAGGAAAGGUUUUAUACAUUUAUGAAAGUCCAGCUGGUUAUGGCAUUAUUGGAUUACGCUUAGUUGGUUGGGCUUGGUUUGUGUAUGCUGUCAUUUUUACAAUGAUACACUAUCCCGAGAAAUCAAACUUCUACACUAAGCUAUUCUUACUCUAUUCCAUAUGGUUCCUCUCAGCUCCAGUCGUUAUUCUGAUUUCAACUUUUGUUGUGCCAAAGUGGGUUCGAGAGAAACUUCUCAACACUGUGGAACUUUUCAUUUCAAUAUCAGCUCACUUCGUUUUCUUUGUUUUGACAAGACCCGCAAAAGCAAACAAGAACUUUCCUUAUCACGUGAGAACAUCUCAAAUUGGUGUAAUGCUACAAUCUAAUGGCAGGACUCCAAUUGGAGAUAAUUCAUUAGACAAAUUUGCCCAUCAUCCAUAUGCCCUUACAUCGCCAAACCCCACACCUAAUUAUGCAGCUAUAUUUGGAAUCGCUGCUGCUGCUACAGAGAUACCACCAUAUGUGAAUGGUACAAGACCAACGGCACCUUCUGCAGCACAAAUUAAUAAUCAAAAUGAAGCAACAACUACAACAUAACCUAAAGCAUUUUCCAUCAGGACUAAAAAUUUCUUUAGUUCAACUUUUUGAGGGACUUGAUGCAAGAAAAGGGAGUAUUGAUCCAAAAAAUCAUUGACAAGAGCUUAAUAAAAUUUAAAAAAAAAAAAAUCGGUAAGUUUUUGCUACACUAUUCAACUUGCACUCCAGGAUUGGUGUUACAUUUGUGCCUGGCUCUUACACUUUAAAAAGAUAUACAACCAAGAAUGCAUUAUUAUUGUAAUUAUUGUUUUGGAGAAUUUAGACUUACCCGAUUUUUGCACUUGGUCCCUCAAUUUCAAAAAAAUUGUACAUAUGAAUGUUAUGAUUUUUAGUUAUCAUUCUAGCCUUCAGGUGUUGAUUGUAUUUCACUCUAUUUUGUAAAUAGUAUUCCCAAUUGAAUAUUAAACUUUAUUGUUGUUAA